AACAUGCAUUUUUCUUUGAACUCAAAUUGCGAGUUUAUGAAAGUUUAGGAUGUGCACCACAGCUCCAUAUAAAUGAGUUUCUAAUUUCCACUCCAUAUUUUUCUUUUUUUUUUACUUUGUAAGGCGUCCCAGAUUUAUUGUCAAUGUUUGGCAAGGAGACAAAAGAUGGUACAGAAUAUGAAGCAUUUGGUUGUAAACUAACUGUUUCGAAAGAUACAUGCAAAAUCAAUUUAAUACCGGAUAAAACAUGUAAAGAAAAGGUAUCUUUGGGAAAACUGUUUACAAUGUUGGUGAAAAAAGGGAAAUUGGAAGAUAUGACAAAAUCGUUUCUACCGAUUGGUGUUUUUCAAAUUGAAUCAUUUAAUUUGGAUAAAUGCGAGGGAGAUAUUGAGUUCAAAACUGCGGCAAGAGAACCAUUUGAAAUUGUAAAAGAAAAAUUGAAGGUUCAAAAAGCAGUAUUGGAAAUGAAAUUUAACUACAAAACUAUCACAGCAUCACCAGAUUUCGAGAAAAUUGGAAUUAACAUUGAUGGAGAGGUAAACAUUGCUAACAAACAUGUUCCGAUAGAGCUUCGUAAAGAAAAGGAUAAGAAGGAAGCCAAAUUUAACAUAAAAGUGGACCAGAUGUCAGCAAGUGAUUUCAGCAACCUUUUCUCCAAGAAGGAAGUCGCUGAAAAAGACGCACCCGAAAAAGCUGGAAUAUUUUCAAAAGCUGUUGUUACAAAUCCAUCUAUUCAUGGUACUGUGAGUGUAGACGGGGAAUUUGAGGUUGUUCUAUCUGGAGCAGCUUCAGGAAUUACAGGUUUGGGAAAUAUCGUUCUUUUUGUUGUUGCUCAAAAAAAUGCUGAAGAAACGACAAAUGUUGCGGUUGUUGCUGACAUAAAGGACAUUCAACCAAUUGCAAUUAUCAAUUCCCUGACUGGAAAAGAUUUAAGCAAUAUACCUUUGCUAAAGGAUUUGACAGUAAGUGUUGCUCUUGAAAUAUCAAAUGGAGAUAUAAUGGUCCUUAAAAAUGAAGCAUUGAAUAAAGUUCUUCAGAAAUAUGUCUCAAAUGCGAAAACAAUAACAAAAGGCACAAAAAUAAAAUUAGACAUACCUCUCAAAGAAAUCAUCAAGAAGACUGGAACGAAGGCAACGUUGACAUAUAUUCCCGAUUCCAUAUUUGUAAAGAUCUUUGUUACUGAUGGAAAAGUAUGUUGUCAAUUUCCUGAUAAUAUAAAAAUGGAUUUGCUUAACGCCUUGGUUGCAUUGAUUCCGAAUGUGCCUGAUGCAAUUUUUGAAAAGGUAUUAAAGACGCCACCAAAAAUCACUAUCAAAAAGUUUGAUGUCAAUGUUCAAACUAAAGCUGUUGAUGUCCAACUCGAAGCUCCUGAUGAAGUGAAGUUAGGUAACGAUUUAAUCGCUAUAAAAGAUGUUCAAUUUGAUUUAUCUCACAAGCCGGAAGGAAGUUGGGAUUUUAAAAUCAAAGGUGCUGCAAAGAUUGGAGAUGGGACCUUAGAAGUGACAGUAACAAAAAAAGGAGAUGUUUAUGAAUUGAAUGGUGAAAUACAUACACUAACAGUAAAAAGAUUGAUGGAGCAAUUCGGUGGCAAAGAGGAAGGGAGAAGAUCUGCUAUUUCAACCAUGGACUUUUUAAAUUUCGGCAUAAGAGAUGUCAAAAUAAAUGCAGUAUUCGGUGAUAACCUGAAAUUACGUGUGACAGGCAAUCCUGUAUUGUUUGGUUGGGAUGGAAUGUUUUUUGAAGGAAUGAUAUUGGGAAGUUUAAAGGAUCGCCAAAUGUUUCUUGGCGUUGUAAUGAAAAAUAUAAGGUUGGAUGAAAUUGUUGAAAAGUUAUUCAAAAAGAAAAUCUUGCAAACAUCAUGGAUGUCGCAAUUAACUGCAACUAUCUUGAUAUCCAAUACUGACGCCACAAAAGAGGUGGAUUUCACAUUACCAGAACUAAAGACAGCAAUGAAGUUAAAGAAAGGAGUUUUCUUCUCCACUCAAUUAACCAUACCAAAUGAUUGCAAAGGAUCAGCUCUUUGUGAGGUUGCACGUGAGAAAAUGAAGCCAGGUACAAAGUUAAGAUUGGAAGGUGAAAUAACAACUUCAGGAAUGACACUUCGAGCAGUCUACGAUGGGAAUGGAUUUGAACUGGGAAAAAACCUUAAAUUGACAAAGUUGCAAGCUGUUUUGCAGGUUGCAGCUGAGACUAAGUUUUAUUUUGAAGGUGAAAUGAAACUUAAGGAUCCACCGCUAGAGUUUGCAGGUACUAUCUCAGUUGGUGUAACUGGAAGGGUAGAGAUUCAACUCCUCAUGAAAGGUAUAUGGAAGAGACCAUUUGGGUUGAAAUAUGUUGCAUUUGGUAAUGUUAAGAUGGGAGUUGCUAUUGAACCUGCAGUACCAGUUCCCAAGCUAGGUAUGGUAUUAUUACUGGUAUUGUUCCUUCCGAAAAAGUUUAGAGUCCUUAAGGAUUUUAUUCCAAUGACUUUCUUUUCACUACGUCUCGUCUGA